AUGCCGCGCUGUGUGAAAAGUGGCUGGAACUGUCCUGGCUAUGCCAAACAGCAACAGUUGAUCGAGGAGGGCGUAGUUGUGACAGAUGACCGCUCGCCUACAUCAGGAUCCAACGACGACACGCCUCCGUCGAGUACUACAUCACCGAACGUCUUCACACAAUUCGCGUCACCGACUACGCCAGGCGAGAUACCUAAUCGCUCCGCCACCUCGCUCGGCUCAACGAUCGUUGGAGCUAGGUGGGGUCUACCCCGUGUAGCCAUUUCCAUCUCCCCACGGAUCUCCCCAACUUCCACCUUCCGACUCAAGAUCACAGACGUCGAACGACAUGCCUGGGACUUCUUCUACGCCACGACAUAUCCAAGUCUGCAGAUCAUAACGCCACUAGCCGGCCUCCUGCUUCCCACGAUUCAGCUGAGCUUCGAGUGCGAGCCCAUCUUCCGCGCCAUCACUGCGACUGGAAACGCACAUUCCGAUCCCGGUUCGACGUUCGAUACGUCGCUCCGACGAUGGUACGUGCAGGCAGAUAGACGGGCUUUCCAUAGGCAGUACGGACAAGCGCUAUCAUCGUUACGGGCGCAUAUGAUGAAGAAUGCGCAUGAUGAGCAAGGGCUGCAAGUCGUGCUGGGCUCGUGUUUGCUGCUUGUCUUGUACAAUAUCUUGGAGGAGCAAGCGAGUGAUGCCAAAGCACAUUUAGGACUUGGGCUACGGAUCCUGCAAGAACGCUCGCCCAACGAGAAGAUCGUGGGCCAUCCCAUUGUUCCUCCUCCGGGACCUUUUGCACGCCCGGUUCUCGAAGUCUUCAAAACUAUGCUGGAAGAGGAUGCCACGCUCGAGUCUGCGACGGCACUCUAUCAACCGCCCGACGACAGCUCUCUAACUAUUUCCAACGACUUCCCCAACCUCGCCGAAGCACGGGUAAAUCUGGAUGGCUUAAGAAGCAUGUACGAGCAACUUCAGAAGCAGCUAAUGGAUAUAGCGAGAGAUCGUGUAGCGGAGUUGUCCGGUGAUUCUGCCUCACAUGCUGUGACCUCUUGCCUGACGGUCUGUAUGGCCAAGACUAUGAACCUUGAUGAGCAUGUUGUCUUGCAGGCUCGCAUGCAACGGCUCAAGAAUGACUUGGACGCCUGGUCGAACCACUUCGCCCGCUUACUUGCGAAGUCUGGUGAAGUCAGUGGUCGUGCACCACUACUCCUGCAAAUCCAGCAUUUCGCUACCAGCUUCAGUCUCUACAAUCUACGAAACACUAUCGAGGUCGACACCGACCUCUGGCACGCGCACUUCAAGUCCGUCGUGGGCUGGUGCAAGGAGUUCAUCCACCUGACUGCCACGAACCUACUAUACUGGAUGCAAGAUCCGAGCAAACCUCGCACCGAGACACAACAUGGAGGUUGGUCAGCCGAGAUGCGCGUUCUGCCUGCUUUGUACCUUGUUGGUACCAAGUGCCGAAAUGUUGAAGUGCGACGACAAGCAAUGGAUCUUUUGAAUACGGCGGAUCGACGCGAGGGCAUACAUCAUAGUGCUGUGCUUGGAAGAAUUGUCGGUGCGGUUAUGGAUGUGGAGAUGCAGCUUGCAAGAUCGAUGCAGGAGCGAGAACCAUCUUUAGACAAAGAAGUGACACAACCGGGACAUUUCGAUGAAGCCGUACCAGAGGCAGCGCGCUUCUCAGAGGUCAUUGUUGGUGGUGGAGAGGGCCCGCCACCCUUUGUCAAGUUGUGCUGCAGUAGGAUUCUACCAAGUCUUAAGGAGGGUUCCGGUUCUUGGGUCGAGAUCAGUGAGUGGCGGGCUGAUUCCAGACCUUUCGUGAUGAAGAAGAUGGGCAGUCAGAUCAGUGACCUCGGUCAGAAUGUGAGGCAGCCGAGGACAUUCUGGGCACGGGAUCAAUGA